UCACACUGGUGGACAAACAACAAAAAAUAAAUAAAAACUUGGAAAAAUUCAAAAAUUGCGAUACACCCAUUAAAUAAGAGAAAAAAAUCAAAAAGGGAAAACAGAUAAAGCAACAAAUCAUGUUUCGAUCGAGCUUUGAUAAGAAUUUAGAGAGCGCCACGAGCCAUCUACGCUUGGAGCCAGACUGGCCCUCCAUACUCCUCAUUUGCGAUGAAAUCAAUCAGAAAGAUGUUACACCGAAGAAUGCCUUCGCCGCGAUCAAGAAGAAAAUGAACUCACCCAAUCCGCACUCGGCCUGCUAUUCGCUGCUGGUGCUGGAGAGCAUCGUAAAGAACUGUGGCGCACCCGUGCACGAGGAGGUGUUCACCAAGGAAAACUGCGAGAUGUUCAGCAGCUUCCUGGAGUCCACGCCCCACGAGAACGUGCGCCAGAAAAUGCUGGAGCUGGUGCAGACCUGGGCCAAUGCCUUCCGCUCGUCGGACAAAUAUCAAUCCAUUAAGGACACCAUGACCAUCCUGAAGGCCAAGGGACACACGUUUCCAGAGAUGAAGGAAGCCGACGCUAUGUUCACGGCCGACACGGCGCCCAACUGGUCCGACGGCAAGGUCUGCCACCGCUGCCGCGUGGAGUUUACCUUCACCAACCGCAAGCAUCACUGCCGCAACUGCGGCCAGGUGUUCUGUGGCCAGUGCACGGCCAAGCAGUGCCCGCUGCCCAAGUACGGCAUUGAGAAAGAGGUUCGGGUGUGCGAUGGCUGUUUUGCAGCACUCCUGCGUCCCGCUGGGAGUGUCGCCGUUGCCGUCAGCAGCGCCAAGCCUGGAGCACGUCCAGCGGAUAGCGAUUUGCCGGCGGAGUACUUGAACAGUUCCUUGUCGCAGCAGGUGCAGACGCCCGCCCGCAAGACCGAGCAGGAGCUCAAGGAGGAGGAGGAGCUGCAACUGGCGCUGGCCCUCAGCCAGUCCGAGGCCGAGCAACAGAAGCAGAAGCUGCAGCAAACGACGCUGACAUCAGCGGCAGCCGCUUACCGCAUGCAGCAGCGUUCGCCGAGUCCAGAGGCGCCGCAGGCACCCAAGGAGUACCAGCAGGAGGAGGCAACCAACCCGGAAUUGGCCAAAUACUUGAACCGCAGCUACUGGGAGCAGCGUAAAAUCAGCGAAUCCUCCUCCAUGGCCAGCCCAUCUGCCCCAAGUCCCAUGCCGCCGACGCCACAGCCGCAGCAAACGUUGCCCGUGCAGCCCAAGACCGCCGAUGAGGUGCAGAUCGAUGAGUUUGCCGCCAACAUGCGCACCCAGGUGGAGAUCUUCGUGAACCGCAUGAAGUCCAACUCGAGCCGUGGUCGCAGCAUUUCGAAUGAUUCCUCUGUGCAGACUCUGUUCAUGACGCUGACCUCGCUGCACUCCCAGCAGCUGUCGUACAUCAAGGAGAAGGACGACAAGCGCAUGUGGUACGAGCAGCUGCAGGACAAGCUGGCACAGAUCAAGGACUCGCGUGCCGCCUUGGACGUGCUGCGGCAGGAGCAUGUGGAGAAGCUUCGUCGCAUAGCCGAGGAGCAGGAGCGCCAGCGUCAGAUGCAAAUGGCCCAAAAGCUGGAGAUUAUGCGCAAGAAGAAGCAAGAAUAUCUGCAGUACCAGCGCCAGUUGGCACUUCAACGCAUUCAGGAGCAGGAACGCGAGAUGCAGCUGCGCCAGGAGCAGCAGAAGGCGCAGUAUCUCAUGGGACAGUCGGCCCCAUUCCCCUACCUCCCUGCCACUGGCGUAGCUCCGCAUGGCUCACCGUCGCAUCAACCGAACAGCGUCUAUAAUCCGUAUGUUGCUGCUGCUCCAGGGUAUGCCGCACCUGCACCCAAUGGCCAUGGACAGUUCCAGGGUAUUCCGCCGGGCAUGUACAAUCCGGCCAUGGCCCAGCCACCGACAAAUGCAGCACCACCCGGCAUGAUGCUGCCUCCGCACUUACAGCAGCCGGGCAGCAUGAUGCAUCAGCCACCGCCAGCCAAUGCGCAGCUGCAACAUGCGGCACCUCCACCACAACAGCAACCACCACAAAUGGGUCAUGUGAUGCUCCAGCAGCAGCAGAUGGUUCAGCCUCAUCCCCCGCCUCAGGCACUAGCUCAACCACCUCCCCCGGCAAUGCAUCAAGCACCCGCACAGCCACUACCCCAAGCACCACAACUGGCACCUCCCCAGGCACCACCGCAGGUCCAACCCGUCACCGAGAUCGCCAAUAAUCAAGUUCAGGCCAUUGCUGCUGCACCCGCUCCACCACAGAAUGAGCCAGAGGCGAAGCCGAAGCCUGUCAAAGCAGAAGAGCCAGCCACGGCCGAGCUAAUAAGCUUCGAUUAAUGCGAAAAUGUCCCCCAGAGUUGAACGAAAUAUAUUAUCAUAUGGAUCUUAAGUCGAGUGAAGUUCCGCGAAAUCCUAUGCGAGAUCAACAACUCAUUUACCUAAUUUUAGCCGCACUCAUGUUAUUCCACAAUAAACCGCACUGUAUUCUA